AUGUCCUUCCACGACGACGAAGCGGUCCAGUUCCCAAGCCCUCCGGUUCUCGAAACCAUGCUGACAGAAAGUGAAAUACAAUCCCUGUUUUCCCUCAUUAAUCAAUCUGGAGACCCGGCCAGCCCAAGCUCCGGUUCACAAGGAUCAAACCGGGUGGUUUACUCGACAGAGGAAAGAAAGCUCAGGCGCAUGCAGUCGAACCGGGAUUCGGCCAGACGGUCCCGCUACAGAAAGAAGAAGCAUUUAGAGAACCUCAGGAACCAAGUGAACCGGUUGAGAAUUGAAAACCGAGAACUGAAAAACCGACUAGCCUACACCAUGCAUCAGCAUCUCCUACUAUCCCUACAGAAUGAUCAACUAAGAUCCGAAUCUGUUGCCCUUUUGGCCACACUUUCGGAUCUAUAUGGGAUUUUAGGCACCAUGCUUUCACAAUAG